AUGCUGCUGAGAAGCUCCUCAACGCCGAUCUUGAACUCGCUGCUGCACAAUUCAACGGCCGGGUCUUGUUCGUCACCGGAGCCCGAGACACUGCCCCAGAUACCCAGGACCCGAUCGUUCUGCCUGACGAUGUCGUUGGAGGACGGCGCCGGACGGAACACCCCUAACCGGAGCUCGUUCGACUCGGAUCUCAUGGAUCCGUCAAAGCCGAAGAGGUGCUUGAGGCUGCCGACGACCCCCAGGCCCGGGAAAAUCAAGGAAAGGAGGGAAGAUGAGGUGGGGCCCACCUUCCUGUCGAGCUCUGGGCUGGGAUCGGCGGCCGCGGAGGAGGAGUGUCUGGUGGCGGCGCCGGAGAGGGAGAGGGAGAGGGCGCCGCAGACGCUGGUGGUUGGGGGAGGAGUCGGCUGCGGCGGCGGUCGUGGGGGCAUGCGCGGUGGUGGUGGGCGGGGCUAUGAUGGUAGAUCGGGUCCGGGCCAUUCGCGUGGGCCCGAGAGCACAGACGCGUACUACGAGAUGAUGAUACAGGCUAAUCCGGGGAAUCCCCUCUUACUUGGAAAUUAUGCUAAAUUCUUGAAAGAGGUUAAGGGAGAUUUUUCAAAGGCAGAGGAGUAUUGUGGAAGGGCAAUUCUUGCAAACCCAAGUGAUGGGAGUGUUCUAUCACUUUAUGCUGAUCUAAUAUGGCAGACGUGUCGAGAUGCUGAAAGAGCUGAGGCUUAUUUUGAUCAAGCUGUUAAAGCUGACCCAAACGACUGUUUUGUUCUGGCUUCAUAUGCUCGAUUCUUGUGGGAUGCCGAGGAUGACGAGGAGGUGGAAGAGGUAAAAACCGAAUAUGAGACGCAGAGCAAUCACACUAAUAAUUCUCCUCCUAAGUUCUUCCAUGAAAAUGCUCACUGGCCUCCUCUUGCUGCAGCUUCUUAA